CUACCACCGUAGGAAGUUUGGAAGCCGGUGGCGUGUCACAAAUAGGUAACGCUGUUCCUUCUUGUUGUUCAGGCCCUCGCUCUGGAAGGAUGUGGAAACUUUUGCUGGCAUUGCUGGCUCUCCUACCAGAUGUCUUUGCUGGGGCGGACUCAAAAGCUGUCACAACAACACUAACUACAAAGUGGCCUUCCACUCCCCUAAUCUUAGAGGCCAGUGAAUUCCUGGCUGAGGAAAACCAGGACAAGUUCUGGGAUUUUGUGGAAGCCAAUCAGCAUAUUGAAAAUGAUGAACAUGAUGGCACGGAUCUGUCCUACUAUGGGCUGAUCCAGAAGCGAGCCCAGCCUCUGCUCAGCCCAGUGCAGCUGAACCUGCUGAAGUUCGCCCUUUCUCUCAGAGCUUACUCCUCCACUGUGCACUCCUUCCAGCAGAUUGCAUCCAAUGAGCCCCCUCCAGCGGGCUGUACUGCUUUCUUUAAUGUUCACGGAAAGAAGAGUUGUAACACCGAGCAUUUGUCAGACCUGCUGGACACUGCGUCAGAACGGCCAAAGCCAUAUCUUUUCAAAGGAGAUCACAAAUUCCCUUCGACCAACCCAGAGGCUCCUGUAGUCAUCCUGUAUGCUGAAAUGGGGACUGAUGAGUUCUCCAGGUUACACCAGCUGAUGGUUUCCAAAGCCAACGAGGGCCUGAUUGUCUACGUCUUGCGCCAUUUUGUUGCCAAUCCUAGCAAGAAUAAAGUGUACCUGUCUGGCUAUGGUGUCGAGCUCGCCAUUAAAAAUCAGGAAUACAAAGCCAAGGACGACACUCAGGUUCAAGGAGGUGGUGAAACCAAUGCUACCCUUGUCGGAGAGAGAGACGGUGUUGAUGAAGUCCAGGGCUUUCUCUUUGGCAAACUACGUACUAUGUAUCCUGAACUGAAGGAACAGCUGAGAGAACUCAGGAAGCACCUGGUAGAGAGCACCAAUGAAAUGGCUCCCCUCAAAGUGUGGCAGAUGCAAGAUCUCAGUUUCCAGACGGCAGCACGAAUCCUGGCAGCACCAGCAGCUGACGCGCUCACCGUGAUGAGGGAUCUGAGCCAGAACUUCCCCACCAAGGCCAGGUCUAUCACCAAGACGGCUGUGAGCGCGGAGAUUCGUAAAGAGAUUGAAGAAAACCAGAAGUUCUUUAAAGGCACUCUGGGUCUUCAGCCAGGCGAGUCGGCCUUCUUCAUCAACGGCCUCCACAUUGACCUGGACGCGCAGGACAUCUUCAGUGUGUUUGAUGUGCUGCGUAACGAGGCUCGGGUGAUGGAGGGUCUGCGCAGCCUGCUCAUCGAUACGCCCUUCAUCCACGACAUUCUCAAGCUCAACGUCCAGCCCUCCGACUCCGACUACGCCGUAGACAUCCGCAGCCCCGCCAUCAAUUGGAUCAAUAACCUGGAGACGGAUCGGAGGUACGCCGGGUGGCCGUACAACGUCCAGGAGCUGCUGCGGCCCACCUUUCCUGGAGUCAUCCGCCAGAUCCGCAAAAACUUCCACAACCUGGUGAUCAUCCUGGACCCCAACCAGGAGAACUCUGCAGAGCUGCUGAGUGUGGCUGAGAUGUUCUACAGCAACAACAUCCCUCUGAGGAUUGGUUUGGUGUUUGUGGUGAAUGAUGAGGAGGACGUGGACGGCAUGCAGGAUGCUGGAGUCGCCAUGCUGCGAGCCUUCAACUACAUCGCUGAUGAGGUGGACAACCAGCAAGCCUUUGAUGCCAUCAUCAGUAUGCUGAACAGGGUCCCCAAGGGUGGGAAUCUGAAGGUGGAGCACGUGGUGGGGGUCCUGGAGAAGAGCUACCCCUAUGUGGAGGUCUCCAGCAUUCUGGGCGCUGACUCAGCCUACGACAAAAACAGGAAGGAGGGUAAGGCCUACUUUCAGCAGACUGGUGUGGGACCUCUGCCGGUGGUGCUGUACAACGGCAUGCCCUACCAGAGAGAGCAGCUAGACCCAGACGAGAUGGAGACGGUCACCAUGCAGAAGAUCCUGGAGACCACCACCUUCUUCCAGAGGGCCGUCUACCUGGGAGAGCUGGCCAGUGACCACGAUGUGGUGGACUUCAUCAUGAACCAGCCUAAUGUGGUCCCGCGCAUCAACUCCAGGAUCCUGUCCACCAGCAGGCACCACCUGGACCUCUCCCACACCAACAACCAUUUCAUCGAUGACUACGCCCGCUUCCUCUUCCUGGACACGAGAGAGAAGAACACGGCGGUGGCCAACAGCAUGAACUACAUGACAAAGAAAGAUGAUGGCAUCAUCCGGCCAGUGACGUUCUGGGUGGUGGGCGACUUUGAUCAGCCUUCAGGCAGACAGAUGCUGUACGACGCCAUCAGGCACAUGAAAUCAAGUAACAACGUCCGGCUGGGCAUGAUCAACAACCCCAGCGAGAACCCCACCAACGAGAGCAGCCUGAUUGCUCGCGCCAUCUGGGCAGCCAUGCAGACCCAGACCGCCAACAACGCCAAGAACUUUAUCACUAAGAUGGCCAAGGAGGAGACCGCUAAAGCCAUAUACGCUGGGGCAGACAUCAGCGACUUCGCAGUUGGGGGCAUGGAUGUGUCUCUGUUUAAGAGCGCGUACAGCGGCCCCAAGGUGGACUUCCUGCUGUCCCACGCUGCCUACUGUCGGGAUGUCCUCAAGCUACAGAAGGGUCAGAGGGCCGUCAUCAGCAAUGGCCGAAUUAUUGGUCCUCUGGAGGAAGGGGAGGUCUUUAAUCAAGAUGACUUCCUGCUUCUAGAGAGCAUCAUUUUGAAGACGUCUGGAGAGCGAAUCAAGACCAUUGUCCAGAGACUAGGCGUGGAAGAGGACAGGGCCAGUGAUUUGGUGAUGAAAGUGGACUCUUUGCUGUCAUCACAGCCCAAAGGCGAGGCCAGGAUGGAGUAUGGCUUUGCCGAUGACCGAUACAGUGCUGUGAAGAUUAGGCCGAAAGAGGAGGAAGUGUACUUUGACGUGGUUGCCGUGGUCGACCCCGUGACCAGAGAUGCACAGAAGUUGGCGCCUCUGCUCCUGGUGCUAAAGCAACUGGUCAAUGUCCACCUGCGCAUCUUCAUGAACUGCCAGUCCCGACUCUCGGACAUGCCGCUGAAGAGCUUUUACCGCUACGUGCUGGAGUCGGAGUUGAGCUUCCAGGCUGAUAACAGCCUAUCGCUGGGACCCAUGGCCAAGUUCCUGGACAUGCCCCAGUCGCCCCUAUUCACCCUGAACAUCAACACCCCCGACAGCUGGAUGGUGGAGUCGGUCCAUACACGCUACGACCUGGACAACAUCUACCUGGAGGAGGUGGACAGUGUUGUCCCUGCGGAGUAUGAGCUAGAGUAUCUGCUCCUGGAAGGCCACUGUUUUGACGUGAGCACAGGGCAGCCCCCCCGUGGCCUGCAGUUCACCCUGGGCACGGCCACUGACCCCGUCAUCGUGGACACCAUCGUCAUGGCCAACCUGGGCUACUUCCAGCUCAAGGCUAACCCAGGAGCCUGGGUCCUCAAACUCCGCAAGGGCAGAUCUGAAGACAUCUACAAAAUCUACAGCCACGAUGGCACCGACUCCCCUGCCGACGCUGAUGAUCUCAUUGUGGUCCUCAACAACUUCAAGAGCAAGAUCAUCAAAGUGAAGGUCCAGAAGAAGCCGGAGAAGAUGAACGAGGAGCUGCUGAGCGAUGGUGCCCACGAGAACGACUCGGGAUUCUGGGAAUCUCUCACAAGAGGCUUCACGGGCGGGAGCAAGACGGACGAGAGCAAGCAGGAGAAGGACGACGUCAUCAACAUCUUCUCCGUGGCCUCGGGGCACCUGUACGAACGCUUCCUCAGGAUCAUGAUGCUCUCCGUGCUGAAGCACACAAAGACGCCCGUCAAGUUCUGGUUCCUGAAGAACUACCUGUCCCCAACAUUCAAAGAGUUCAUCCCUUACAUGGCAGAGGAGUAUGGCUUCCAGUAUGAGCUCAUCCAGUACAAGUGGCCCCGCUGGCUGCACCAGCAGACGGAGAAGCAGCGCAUCAUCUGGGGCUACAAGAUCCUCUUCCUGGACGUGCUCUUCCCCCUGGCCGUGGACAAGAUCCUCUUUGUGGACGCUGACCAGAUCGUGCGCACUGACCUGAAGGAGCUACGUGACUUUGACCUGGAGGGGGCGCCGUACGGCUACACACCCUUCUGCGAGAGUCGCAGGGAGAUGGACGGCUACCGCUUCUGGAAGUCUGGCUACUGGGCCAGCCACCUGGCCGGACGCAAGUACCACAUCAGUGCCCUGUAUGUGGUGGACCUAAAGAAGUUCAGGAAGAUUGCAGCAGGGGACCGUCUGAGGGGACAGUACCAGGGACUCAGUCAAGAUCCCAACAGUCUCUCUAACCUGGACCAGGAUCUGCCCAACAACAUGAUCCAUCAGGUCCCCAUCAAGUCCCUCCCUCAGGAGUGGCUGUGGUGCGAGACCUGGUGUGACGACGCGUCCAAGAAGAAGGCCAAGACUAUCGAUCUGUGCAAUAACCCCCAGACCAAAGAGCCCAAACUACAGGCGGCCGUGCGCAUCGUGGCCGAGUGGAGCGACUACGACAAGGAGGUGAAGCGCUUCCACAGAAAGUUCCAGAAGGAUAAGGAGAGUGGAGGAAGUAGCACAGAGGACGACCAGAGCGCACAAACAGAUUCUGACCCGCAUACCGAACUGUGAGCACAGCCCUUACAGUUGAGGAAGACUCGACUCUGUUUAAAGAGUUGCUUGCGUGUUUGUUUUUUUGAACUGAAGCCAAUUCUCAUGGAACAUGGCUGCUAUUUGAGCUGAGAGACUUGAUCCAAAAAAAGAAACAUCUAUCCGUCUUUGGUUUGUGAUUAGCUAAGGUGUAGGGUUGUAGGUAUGGCAUCGCCUAGUGUUUGGGAGAGGAGAGAGGUCUGGGCUCAGAGCUCAUAUUUAGAGAAUUGGUCACAUCUGGCCUCAUUGGUACUGUACGUCCCAUGCUCUCUCAUUUAGAGUUUUUGACUUGUGAGCCCAGGUAUAUACACACACACACACACAUUGAUUUGAUUGUGAUUUAUUUGUUGCACAACAUAGAAUGCUUUUCUGAUUAAUUGUUAAAAUAUUUGUUAAAAGUAAAUUUGUAGUACAUUUUCUGUGUAUAUGUGUGUGUGUGUGAGAAAGGGAGAGAGAGAGAGAGUCUGCACGUGUGUGGUGGGACCAUGGAGUAGUAGUUUGUAUCUCUGCAUUACCUUACAUGAGUGGAGCCAUUGUGUGUGUGUGAAUUUAUUUGUUUGUUUGUGUGUGUUUGUGAUGUCUUUCAGACUUUCGAAGAGAAAAGAAUACAACACAUUUGUAUAAACCAUAAGACCACUGCUCCAUUUGCCUCAUAAAGCCACCCCUCAUAUAGAAUAGUGUCAGACUCAGGGAGGAAUACUUAGGCCUGUCACAAGCAUGGACAGCAUGGUAACAAGUGUGAUUUUACUCCAAAUGCAAUGUGUAUCAGGCCUAUGCAGUGAAAAAAAACCUUGGCAUUCCAGUCCAGUGCCACUUCUGAAGCAUUCAGAUGAAGCCACUAUAUAUGUUUUCAUUACUGUUAGGAUUUAAGGGUCAAAGCCACACGUUUCAGAGACCAGAUCAGCACUGGGUUAAUGGCUGACGGCUCACGGUCUCGCUCGUCCUAGCUCUGUAUUUUCUGAUGAAAUGUAUACAGGAAGGAGGCAAUCAAGUCUCCUAAUGGAAGUUCCCUUUCAACAAAGCACAGUUCGGAGACAAUGAAGUCUCAAGGCUCCAGUUAGUUUCUCCUGAACCAGCAGGUAGUGAAUGGCGUCCUCUACUGGCACCAGUCAGAAUUGCAUGGAUAAAACAAAAAAUAAUAAUUUCCAAAUGGCUGGAUUUUAUAAUCCUCCUCUAUUUCGGCUGAUGUCUUUGGUUAUGAUAGUCUUUUUGCGGAGAGUGAUUGGCCACUAUUUAAGGUUUCCUCUUUUAUUGUCAUCACAGCCAUAAACAAAAAGCUCAAUCUGCAUCUGAAACAGGUUUGCGGCACAAGCAGUCCUAUCCCAUAGUCCACUGCUCCUACCCGUGUGUAGAGGCUGGCUGCUCUUUUGGGGGAACUUGACCACUUGGCUGAUGCUGUUAUGAACUCCCCCCAUCCCUUGAGAGGUUUCAUUUGUGUUCCCCCCAAAUGCCUUUCUGAGAGACAGCAUAGUUGGUGAUGAGCAGAUUGUGCUGUACUUUGUGCCUUUUCCUGUAAGGAAGAGUGAAGGUGCAAAGGCCCCUUUGGCCAUCAUGCUGUUUGUGUGUGUGUGUUUUUUUCAGCUGUUCUCCGUUUUUUGGGUAUGUGUCAAUCAUUCUGGGGAUAAAAAAGCAGACUACUUUCUAGUCACUUGUGGACUUUUGUUUGAUUCUAAGAUUGUAUGAAGUGAAUUAUGGCAUAUCAAUAUUUUGUAAUAAAAUACAACUACCAAACACAA